AAACAAAUGAAUGCGUCCUGGCCGCCCUGCGCUGAAUCACGUUGACAUUCCGAUCUUUUGGUUCUCAAACCAAAACAACAAUUUAGCGCAAAGUUCAACCAGUUUUUGAAAUCAUUCAAGCAAAAUGAGUGCAAACCAAGAAAAUUUCGAUGCUCUGCUCUUUUCUAUGGCACAACAAAUGGAAGGAGGAGUUCCAGAGAUGUUGGACACUGUCUUUGGUUUCCUGUUGCGCAAGACGGACUUUUACACAGGAGCCCCAGAUGGGCAGGCAGAACAGAUGGUGCUAGACGCAUUUAAUAAACAUGCCAAGGGUGCAGAGGAGCAGAGAAGGAAGAAGAAGGCAGAAAUUGCUGAGGAAGAGAGAAAGCGCCAUGAAAGAGCCAAAAAGAAGAAGGAGGAGGAAGAAGAAGAAUCAAAGAAGGGUGCCACUGUCACAGAGCUAACUGAUGAAGAGGCUGAGAGAAUUCAGAAGGAAAUCGAGCAGGAAAAGCAGAAGAAAGAAGCGCCCAAAGAUGAUGUCAAGAAAGAAGAAGAGUCAAAGAGUGAUGACGAAGAGCAGGACAAAGACAAGGGCAAAUUGGUGCCUAACGCAGGCAAUGGUUUUGACUUUGAAAACUUUUCCUGGACGCAGACCCUUCAGGAGAUAGAGGUGCGGGUGGACCUAGGCAAGACGCCACUCAAGUCGCGCGACCUCUUCAUCGACAUUAGGAAAACUCACUUGCGCUGCGGCAUCAAGGGCCGGGACGCCAUCAUCGACGGUCCUCUGCCCCACGAGAUCAAGGUGGAUGAAAGCACUUGGACUCUUGACGCCGGACGCUCACUGCUCAUCAACCUUGAAAAGGUCAACCAGAUGAACUGGUGGAACCGACUGAUCACAACGCACGAAGAGAUCAACACUCAAAAGAUCAACCCUGAACCUUCGAAGCUGUCCGACCUGGAUGGGGAAACUCGUGGACUGGUCGAAAAAAUGAUGUACGACCAGAGACAAAAGGAGCUUGGCUUGCCCACAUCUGAGGACCAAAAGAAGCAAGACAUGCUGAAGAAAUUCAUGGAGCAGCACCCAGAGAUGGAUUUCUCCAAAUGCAAAUUCAACUAAUGAAGUUUCUCAUUUGCAAUAUUUACGCAUUUACUUCAUGAUGUAAGAAUUGGAAAUAAAAGAUGCUGAAAUGACAACGUUAAUUAAAAAAAAAA